UGGCUGUCACAUGACAAGAUGGCGGGGGCUUUCAGCUGCACGUUGAUUGCUGUUCUUGUAUCGGUUUCUCGUGCUUCUAUUAUUGAUCUGACUGGAACCUGGACUCUUCUGAGCAAUGGUAGAGGUGAGAGGAUCCCUGCCAGUGUGCCAGGGAGCAUGUACACAGCUCUGUACACCAACAAGCUGAUUCCAGAUCCGCUGUACCGGGACAACGAUGUCAAACUACGAUGGAUUGGACGAGAAGACUGGACGUACACACGUACCUUUCAGUUGAGUUCAGCAGACCUGGCUGCCUCUGCCCUCCAUCUUGUCUGUGACGGUCUGGACACCUUCUCAACCGUCUUCAUCAACGACCAGAAGGUCGGGACAUCAGAGAACAUGUUUGUCCAAUAUGUCUACGACAUUAAACAAGCUGCAAAGGUUGGAGACAACACUAUCCGUAUUGACUUUGAGUCUGCUGUAACAGUUGCUGCUCAAAAGGCCAAUGCUUCUGCCUAUGACAUUCCCGGCGAUUGUCCCAACAAGGUACAGAACGGAGAAUGUCAUGUCAACAUGAUCAGAAAGGAGCAGUGUUCUUUCAGCUGGGACUGGGGACCGUCCUUCCCAACACAGGGAAUAUGGAAAAGCAUCUACGUCCAAGCUUUCAAUUCUGCCGUGAUUCGUGAACUCUCAGUUGCAACGACAAGAGAAGCGGGAGGACCAUGGAUGCUGGAUGUGGGCGUGUAUUUUGACGUCAGCAGGGGUUCUGUGUCGGGCGUCCUCACCCUCAACGUUGUUGGCACAGAAGCAGUGAAGUCCAUGCCACUGACUCUCACACCAACAAACAAUUCAUCAGUCUUCUCAGUCUCAGUCCCGAACAGUUACAAAAUUGACAGAUGGUGGCCAAAUGGUUAUGGGAACCAGACUCUCUACACCGUCAACGUCACCUUCACCAGCAACAACGAGGUGUCAAGCAAACAACGUCGGGUGGGAUUCCGUAGCGUAUAUCUGGUACAGAAUCCUUUUGGCAACAACCAAGGCUUGUCAUUCUACUUCAAGAUAAACGACAUACCAGUUUUCUUCAAGGGAUCAAAUUGGAUUCCUGCAGACAGUUUUCAGGAAAAUAUUACCAGAGAAAGAUUGCGCCGUCUGCUCCAAUCAGCUGCUGAAGUCCACAUCAACUCAAUGAGGGUUUGGGGAGGAGGGGUUUAUGAAUCAGAGGAUUUUUAUGAGCUCGCGGACGAGUUUGGCAUUAUGAUCUGGCAUGACCUGAUGUAUAGUGAUCAUUUCUACCCAACCACACCAGACUUCCUUGGUACCGUGUCACAAGAGAUCACACACCAGCUGAGGCGUAUCAGGCACCACCCUUGUAUCGCCGUGUGGUCGGGUAACAACGAGAUGGAGAUAGGCCUCCGAGAUCAGGGCUUCCAUGACUACAAGCGCUACUACGAUGACUACAUCAAGUUGUACGUGACAACGAUCAAGACUAUUGUAGACAGGGAAGACCCGACCCGUGUGUAUCUGUCAUCCAGUCCCAGUAAUGGCAAGGAUACAGAGAAGGAAGGAUGGGUAGCUAAGGACCCUCAGUCCGAAUUGUAUGGCGACAUUCACUUCUAUAAUUAUGCCGCCGACCUGUGGAACGAAUCAGCAUUCCAGAUACCGCGAUUCGCCUCUGAGUACGGGAUUCAGGCCUGGUGUGACAUCGAGACCCUGGAAGAUGUGUUUGACUCGGGGGACUUUGACUACUGGGGACCAAUGUCCAGUCACAGGAAUCAUCACCCUUCUGGUAAUAUUGAGAUGGUCAAAGAAGUUAUCCAACAUUUCAAAGAACCCACUAAUCCAGAUGCAAAACAGAAAUUUAGUGACAUCAUCUACUUAACACAGAUCAACCAGGCCGUAUCGGUACAGGCUGAAAGUGAACACUACCGGCGCUGGCAGAAUGACCUGACUUCAGAUGGGCGGGGACAGACUAUGGGCGCCCUCUACUGGCAGCUCAAUGACAUCUGGCAGGCACCAACAUGGGCUAGUAUAGACUACAAAGGCAAAUGGAAGAUGCUGCACUACUAUGCUCGGAAGUUCUUCGCCCCCGUUCUUAUCUCCCCCUUCAUGGACGGCAACGUCCUCAACAUCUACAUGGUGGUGGACGAGAUCCCCCUGACCGAGGUCAAGGACACCAAAACCGGCAUGAACGUCUUCACCCCUGCCACCACCAGCCUCCUCCAGUCCAGCUUCCCCAACCACGAGGCCGUGCAUCUGAUGAAGAAGACAACUGAAGCCACCUCAGGAACACUGUACAUCCAGAUGUACCGAUGGGACAGCUUCACCCCUCUCAAGACAUGGAACGUUACAUUGAAGUUGACACAGUCCUCGCAGUCAGUCUUCAGGCAAGAUGUCUACUCCAUGAUGGCGGAGUCCAACUGUCCGGAUGACCAGAGCUGUUUUGUCUACAUUUAUCUGAACAACCCUAGCAGUGACAUCAACAAAUUCUUCAUGCUCACACCUAUCUGUAAUUACUUCGAUGCCAAGGGACUUGCCAAAGCUCAACUGAAGAUAGCCGGUGUGACUAGACUGUCUGAGACCGAAUUUCAACUAACACUUGUGGCGGAUCACAUCGCCCCGUAUGUUUGGCUGGAUGCCUAUCGAGUCCCAGGUCGAUUCUCCGACAAUGGUUUUAUAAUGAUCAAUUCAUCUCGAGCAGUGACUUUCACGUCUUGGGAUCCCGUUGACCUUGACCUUUUCACUAAGUCUCUGUCAGUAAAAUCAUUAAUGGAUGUUUAUGUGUAGAAAAUACUUUUGUACAAAAGUAUCAGCAUGUAUGAAUUUACAAAAGCCACCCUUAAAAGACGUUUCGUGUCAGAAAUCGACCGUCCAUUUAGAGUGGUAAAGCUCCCGAGCGUUAACUCUUUUUGCGUUCUUUUUGGAAAGAAUAUCUUUUAAACAAGGGGAUGCGCCUUAGAAGCAGGCGUUAGUACCCUUUGUGUGUUGGGAAGACUGACCAAAGUGUUAAAUAUGUAAAUAACAUCACCACUGUGU